GGCGUUCCGUAAGCGUACAGAUGAUGUAACGUCCAUUUCCUGGCUUGUAAGGGUCACUCGUAAGUGAGGAGUUUGAAUUGAACCUAGUUUAGAAAACUACUUUUGGUCACUACAGUCCUUGCAUAAUAUUUAAGCCAUGUUACGAACGCUGUGUCGGACUGGUGGAGCUAUUUUGCUGCAAGCUCAGCGGCCUGCACCAAGGCUCUUGGUUACACCAGUGCAGCAGCGAUGGGCUUCCAGCUUGCCAAUGAACACUGUGAUCCUCUUUGUGCCCCAACAGGAAGCUUGGGUGGUGGAAAGAAUGGGUCGCUUCCACCGCAUAUUGGAGCCGGGUUUAAAUUUCCUCAUCCCCUUACUUGACCGAAUUCGUUAUGUCCAAAGUCUCAAAGAAAUUGUGAUUGAUGUCCCAGAACAGUCUGCAGUGUCUUUAGACAAUGUAACACUUCAGAUCGAUGGAGUUCUUUAUUUAAGGAUCCUGGACCCAUUCAAGGCCAGCUAUGGCGUUGAGGAUCCAGAAUAUGCAGUCACACAGUUGGCUCAAACCACCAUGCGUUCAGAGCUGGGCAAAUUAACACUGGAUAAAGUUUUUCGGGAAAGGGAAUCUCUUAACUCCAACAUGGUUCACUCAAUCAACCAAGCAUCAGAUGAGUGGGGAAUCCGCUGCCUCCGUUAUGAAAUCAAGGACAUACACGUCCCGCCUCGUGUUAAAGAAUCUAUGCAGAUGCAGGUUGAAGCUGAGCGGAAGAAGAGAGCAACUGUGCUGGAGUCUGAAGGGUCAAGGGAGGCAGCCAUAAAUGUGGCUGAAGGUCGAAAACGAGCGCAGAUUCUGGCCUCAGAGGGAGAGAAGGCAGAGCAGAUCAAUAAAGCAGCUGGUGAGGCUCAAGCAGUCAUAGCCAAAGCUGAGGCCAAAGCAAAAGCCAUACGUAUGCUCUCUGAGGCUCUGACUGAACAGAAUGGAAACGCUGCUGCAUCUUUAAGUGUGGCAGAACAGUAUGUGUCUGCAUUUUCUAACCUCGCCAAACAGUCCAACACCAUCCUACUGCCAUCCAACACGGGUGACAUCAGUGGAAUGGUUUCUCAGGCCAUGACAAUUUAUAGCACAUUGUCAAAAACAAGCCAGAAACUACCACCAAAAGAGUUGCAAGAAAAGACGGAGGAACCCCUGAACCAUUUGGAAUCUUCUGAGGAGCAGAGAACUCCCUGAAUGAAGUUAGAAUACCAAACAAAAAUAGAAGGCACCUUGGGGGCAUCCUUGCAUAAACACUUUUUUUUACUAAACUGACUGGUUAGAAAUGGAAAAGCCACUAACCUUAUGCAGUUUUCAGUGGAGCCCAAUUUAUUGUGAUUCUCAUCGUUUAUUUUCAUUGUUUUCUGAUUUUUAAAAAUAAAGGUCAGACUUGUUUUUAGUGACUUGUGUAAUUGACUGGUAGGACAAAUGUAAAAAAACUGAGCUGGCCACAGCAACUUUCUUCAUUAUACUUGCAGUGUAGUAAAAUCUUAGGUUGGGUUUGAUGUGUUUUUCCUGACAGUUUUUGAAAGAGUGUGUGUGCAUUUUUGGUAGACCAGGAAGCCACCUGGUUUACAUAGACCUAAAUGAAAUUAUUCAUUCUUGCAAAUUUUCAACACCAGUGGGACCACACACUGCUUUCUGUCAUGCUAGUAAAAGCCCUAAACAAUGCCUUAUGUUCACAUUUUGACCUAUAUUAAAUAGGAAAAAUAAUUGUAUGUUUUAUGCAAGGUCAUUUUGAAAGAGUUGGAUUUGGAAGGACAUCCGAUUAAAUCUGAUUUAUGUUGGGUCUAA